UUCACAAAACGAUUCCCUGCACACAUCAAUUGUUUUCCCGUGGAUCUCAUUUAUUGUAAUUAUAUCGUCUCAAUAGUUUGAGUAUCUUUUUUUUUCUUCUAUCACCAGAGUAGUGGGUCAAUUUUGUAUAUAAAACGAUUUAUUUUAUAUAAAUAGUGAUAAAACAGUAAAUAUUCACAAAUUAAUACAUUUUUUUCUCUAGUUAAGCGUGGUAUUUUGUGGUGACUAAAUAAAAACUCUCUUGCACCCAUUAUCACUGUGUGUAAUCCAUUUAGUGUAUGUGUUACUAAGCACCGUACUGAUAUAAGGGGAACAUUUGUAAUAAAAUGGAUAACGAAGCAUCGCAGAAGGUUCCUCCGCCCUUCUAUAAGGCACCCGCGAAGAAAACUUACAAUUAUGAAUUUCCUGAGAAGGAUCGGGAGAUUAAAGUCAUUCAGCAUCGUUUCACACCUCGCACUGCCUCUACUUCCUCUUCACAGGUCACAGAAGGAGGUCAGGCCAGUCAGGUGGGAUUAAAGUUGGGCGACACUAUUACCAAGAUCAAUAACGUGGAUACAUCCGAAAUGACGCUGGCUGAGGCUCAUGCGAAAAUUGAGGGCGCGGAACAAGGAGUAAAGCUUUCUGUUGUGAGUUUCGAAGACGAUGAGGAGAAAGUAGCGGAGGAACGGCAAGUGGUGCUGAAGGCGAAGAAAGAGGCUGAAGGUCCGAGAAAAUUAUCUGUGGUGGAUCUGGAAAAGCCAAAAGAGAAAACUUGGAUACCACAGCCUGAAAGAAAAGUCUGGCAUCCAAUCGUGUGGCAGCAACCUCCGCCACCCGUUGCACAAGAAAACUAUGGCCCAGAUGCGCCACACAAGAGGAUCGUCCGCAACAUCCGGCGUCUGCUCAACGAAACCGAAGAUCAGCCCGAGGAACGUUGGAAACAUAUUGAAAAUAUGCUUUUGGCCCUCCCCACGGCCUCUAAAACCAAUUGAUCUGCGAUGGGCUAAUUAUUUUAGAUUUUAAAAGCAAUAUAAAAUAUUCAAUGUCCUUUCUUGAGCUUCACACAAAUUUACUCCAAUUCAGUUUCAGAAAAAUUACUUACUACUCUACCUAAAUACCUGUUUAUCUAGUCUAUUAAAAGUUUGUUUUAAAAUGGAAAAA